AACAUGGCGGACUCGGAGGACGAGGAUGGUUCUCUCAAUCUAACAGGGUUUUUAUUUGGAAAUAUCAACGAGAAAGGCGAGCUUGAAGACACAGAGAUAUUAGAUGAGGAAUCACGGCGCCAUCUUUCUCAGCUGAGCUCUCUGAGUGGUCUAGGAAGUCUAGUGCAAGAUAUAGCAGAGGAAGGGAAUUCACCACAUCAUGAAUCAGGUCCACUGGGGGAGGGAAGCACCAGUAAAUCCCCUUUAGAAGGCUGGAUUCAGAAGGAUUCAAGCGCAACAGACUACAGUGAUAUCUCCGAGCUAGCAGAGGAAGAAGAGGAAAAAUAUUACAAACAUGCUGUGUCCAUAUUCUCUCAAAAGAAGAACACAAGCACAGUUGAUGACGAGGACUAUGAUGAUGAUAGUAUUGACAAUGUCGAUAAGACACAGAAUGAUAAAGGUCACUUACUGUUACCUACCAUUGUCCCUGCGGCUUCCACACUGUCUAAACACGAACAGGACAGAUUGGCAAUGCCUCCACCACCAACUCCACAGGUGUCUGUGGCUCCAUCAGGGGAGAGUGUCAGAGUGAAUGACAGUGCCAAUAAGGACUCAAUUGCUACUCCUCUUGCUGGUACGAUUGGAUCAGACUUAUUGAACAAGGAUGGCAAACUGACCACUCAUGAUGGAAAAACAGUCACAGAUCUGUUUCCAGAGUUCCGCCCUGGACAGGUCUUGAGGUUUUCCCGUCUUUUUGGCCCUGCAAAAGCUUCGUCCAUGCCUCAGCAAUGGCGUAAUGCUAAGAAAAGGAAAAAGAAGAAGAAAAAACAAGAUGAUGAAAAGACUGUGAUUGAACCUCCGAAAACUCCACCAAGUCCUCGACCUGAAGAUUGUAUGUCUGAUGAUGAGGACAAAUUAAUGGCACCGUGGGAACCAACCCUUGACGAAUUAAGGGAUUCUAUAGGUGAAUGGAACUCUACUGGUUCCCAGGAUGCUUCAACCAAAAGUGCAUGUGAAUGGCGCAAUGGCCCAGCAGCUCUUUGGUAUGAAAUGCUCGGAGUGAAUGAUGAUGGAACAAACUUAGACUAUGGUUUCAAGCUAAAGGAGCAAGCAGAGGAUGUCGGUGAUGCUUCAGUAUUGCCUAAAUCACCAGACUCCCUCCCCCCUGAUGAAUGUUUUGAAAUGGUGGCCCAAGUGAACUGGGAGGAUGAUAUCAUCUGGACUCUUGACGAUGUAAAACCCAACCUCCAAGCUCAAGCCAGGGCAGGCUGGAUACCAACAGCUACGACGCGCACAGCUCAAGCUUACGCGGCACAACAGGAACAGUUACUACAACAACUUGGCGUGAGGCAUCCAGGACUUGAAACCUUUUUAAAGAACACAACCGAAGCAAUCAGAGCUAAUACAAAUUUCCUGAAUCCGCCCAACAAACAAGGAGGAGCUGGAGUAGACAAUAAUAAUCAGAAAUCUUCAACAUGGUACUCUAUCUUCCCAGUGGAAAGUAGAGAACUGGUUUAUGGUGAUUGGGAAGAUAAGAUUAUUUGGGAUUCACAGAACAUGCCAUCAAUCCCUUCUCCUACCAUUAUGCGACUGGAUCCAAAUGAUGAGAACAUUAUUCUGAGUAUCCCAGAGGACACUGGUCCACUUGUCAAGGAAAAUACAGCAACACUUACUCCCAAAAAGGAGGCUAAGAAAUCUAAACUUUUGUUGGGAAAGAACAGUUCUAAAGAUGAUGAGAAACAAGAGAGGAAAUCAGAGGAACAGCUGAAGAACAAGUUUAAUUUAUCAAAUGAUGAAUAUUACAGUGCAAAGAAUACUGCCGAAACCUCUUUGGAUACAACUGGAGGUUCAAAUCUUGUCCAGCAUUCACUGCCUGCCAUUGAGCUCCAGCGGCCGUAUUUUCCCACUUAUAUGGUUGCAGUGGACUUGCGUCAUUUUCAUCGUGUCCCUCUAAAGGGUAUUGGCCAUGGACCCCUGUCCAAACCUGGAAGACAUAAUGUAUAUGGGCUACUGAAGCAUAUCAAGAAGAAAGCCAGGGAACGUGAAAAGGAGCGCCUUGCAUCAGGAGGAGGAGAAAUGUUCUUCAUGAGAACACCAGCUGAUCUGACUGGAAUGGACGGCAGUUUGGUGUUUUUUGAAUACUGUGAGGAAUAUCCGCCACUCAUCAUGGCUGUUGGCAUGAAUGCAAAGAUUAGAAAUUAUUACAAACGGAAACCAGGGAAGGAUGAGAGUAUGCCAGCUUAUGAGUAUGGAGAACCAAUUCCAGUGCAUCAGACAUCGCCAUUUCUUGGCCAGUUGGCACCAGGGGAGUCUCUACAGGCUUUUGAGAGCAACUUGUUUAGAGCUCCGAUUUUCCAACACGAAUUACCUGAGACAGACUUCCUUAUCAUCAGAAAUUCGUCUGGGUAUCAUAUUCGUGAUGUGAAAACAAUUUUUACUGUGGGCCAGGAAUGCCCAAAAUUUGAAGUUCCAGGACCAAAUUCGAAAAAAGCGAACAUUCACGCCAGAGAUUUCCUCCAAAUUUUCAUCUAUCGAUUGUUUUGGAAAAGUCCAGACACUCCAAGGAGAAUCAAGAUGGACGACAUCAAACGAGCCUUCCCGAUGCACUCUGAGAGUAGCAUUAGAAAACGACUCAAACUUUGUGCUGACUUUAAAAGAACAGGUACUGACUGUAAUUGGUGGGUAUUGAAGAAUGAUUUCCGUUUGCCAACGGAGGAAGAGAUGCGAGCUCUGGUGUCACCCGAGCAGUGUUGUGCUUAUUACAGCAUGUUGGCUGCAGAACAGAGACUCAAGGAUGCUGGUUAUGGCGAGAAAUCUCUGUUCUCCUGCGAGGAUGACAACGAUGAUCCAGAAAGCAAAAAUAUUGAUGACGAGGUUCGCACAGCCCCAUGGAAUACCACAAGAGCAUUUAUCUCAGCCAUGAGAGGAAAAUGUCAGCUGGCUGUGACAGGUUCUGCGGACCCUACUGGGUGUGGGGAAGGAUUUUCAUACGUUAGAGUACCUAACAAGCCUAUGGCAAAUAAGGAUGAUUCCAGCACCAACUCUCCUCAGAUACGAAAACAAAAGACAGUUACUGGAACUGAUGCCGACCUGAGGAGAUUGUCUUUGAAACAAGCUCGACAAGUGCUCAGAAACUUUGGAGUAUCAGAUGAAGAGAUUCGAAAGUUGUCCAGAUGGGAAGUGAUUCAUGUCGUCCGCACAAUGUCAACAGAGGCGGCUAAGUCUGGAGAAGGAGGUAUGAGCAAGUUCGCCAGAGGAUCAAGAUUCACAAUUGCUGAACAUCAGGAACGCUACAAAGAAGAAUGUCAGCGGAUAUUUGAUCUACAAAACAGAGUUUUAUCAUCAACUGAGGUCCUGUCUACGGACGAGGAGAGUAGCAGUGAUGAGGGAAGCGAUAUCGAUGAGUUGGGAAAAAACCUGGAAAGCAUGUUGGCAAACAAGAAAACCAGUAUGCAGCUCACUCAUGAAGAAGAAGAGGCCGAGAGAAGAGAACUUCAGAAGCUCCUGAGCGAUGACAAACCCAGCAAAGAAUCUAAUGGCAAGUCUGCAGGCGAAAAGGGCGGAAAGGAAGGAGUUAAGAAAGAUAGCAAAGGAGAUGAGGAUGAAACGGCCUCAGUGACGAGUUACGAAUCAUCGAUGGUUGGGCGUCGCCUUCGUAUCAGACGAACGUUUAAAACGCCGGACGGAAAGGAAUUUGUUCGCAUUGAAGUCGUCAAAAACCAGGCCGUUAUUGAUGCGUACUUAAAGCUAAACAAGGACAAAAGCGUCAAAGCUCAGUUUGCGAGUGUCGAUGAGGUACACAAAGAGGAAAUCCGACGGGAAAAGAGAAGAAUACAAGAACAGUUGCGAAGGAUUAAGCGAAACCAAGAAAAAGAGAAACUACAGCCAGUCAAAAAGAAGAAAGAAAAACCUCCAAAUAACUUAAAAUGUGGCGCGUGUGGGGCAAUAGGACAUAUGCGGACGAACAAGAACUGUCCAAACUACCAAGAGGCGAAUCCGGCUUCUGUAGUCGUGGCCAUGACUGAUGAGCAGGUUGCUGAGGAGGAACUCAACAUGCCGCAGGAUGAUUUGGUCAAAGUUGAAGGAACGAAAAUUACUUUGGGAAAAGCUUUUCUUGAUCAAACGAACGAAUUGAAAAGGAAAGCACUUGUCCUACGCUUCCCGAAAGAAUCCGUGCGCAAGAAAAGACGUUCAGGAGUCAUGCAUUGUGAUUAUCUAAAGAAACCUCGCAAAUCGAUUAACCGCCGAAGAGCCAACCCUGAGCUGGCUUUACAAGCUCUCUUUGAGGGAAUCAUCAAUAAAAUGAAGGAAAUGGAGGAUACGUGGCCUUUUCAUCAGCCUGUUUCAGCAAAAACUGUUCCUGAUUACCACAGAAUUGUUAAAAAUCCCAUGGAUCUACAAACCAUGCGAGAGAAUCUCCGAAAGAGUAAAUAUCUGUCAAGGGAGGAUUUUCGUGAGCACGUGUCCUUAAUCAAGGCAAACAGCAUCUUAUAUAAUGGACCUACUCACGAUUUCACUGCUGCAGCUCAGAAGAUGUUGGAAGUUUGUGAAAAGUCUUUGGCUGAUAAAGAGGAAGAAAUUCUUCAGUUGGAGAAAGAAAUAAAUCCCAUGCUUAGUGAUGAUCCGCAGAUUGCCUUUUCGUUCAUUCUGGAAAAUCUCCUCGUGCAGAUGAAAACAUUACCGGAGAGUAUGCCUUUUCUAAAGCCUGUCAGCGCUAAACAGGUGCCAGAUUACUACGAAGUAGUAAAAACGCCGAUCGAUCUUCUCACAAUCAAACAGCAAGUGCAAAUACACGCCUAUCAAAAUAGAGAAGAGUUUAUGGAGCACAUGCGCAUGAUGCAUAGGAACAGUGUCGUCUAUAAUGGUGAACAUCACGACUUUUCUGGGAUGGCCGAAAGACUUCUCCAGUUUUGUGACGACGCCCUGAAGGAGAAUGACGAGCAUUUGUCCAAGUUGGAAAAUGACAUCUUACUCACUCCAGGCGACGACACAUCAUCAUAUGCCGCCAGCCAACCUCCCUCGGUAGCGGGACCCGAGUGGUCAACAGAGAACAGCAUGGAUGAUUUCCCAGAAGGCUCAGUAAAGGAAGAAGACAGCAUGAUGGACAUGAUGGAAUCAGAGGAACUGGACACUACUGGCGAGGAGUUUAACGACUUCAGAGCACAACUCAGCGCUUCUGUUUCUGCACUAGACCAAUCAACUCGAAUGGACGCAGACCUCGAUGAAGAAGAAGACGUCGAUAUUGAGGGGUACGAUGACGAUGACAGCACUUCACAAAGUUACACAAAAAAGGAGAGCUUUGGAUCGCAACAAAUGCUCGGAAGCGAGCAGGAUUCGCAAGAAAUGUCGCAGUUUGCCAGCAUCCUACUUCAAGAUCUUCAACACAGUGACAGCGAAAGCGAAGAGGAUGAUUUCCCGUUUGGCGACGGAGAUGACGAGGAGGAGGAAGACAUUGAAGAGGAAGAACAGAUAAGCUUUUUUCCCGGAGGAGAUGAAAGCAAUGAGGCAAUAAAGGGAGAGUUACCGGAAGAACUUUAAGGUUCAGCUCAGUUAAUUCAAAGAACUGCGUUUGUAUUUUCUUUGACCUGUGAAACGGGUUUGUUUUCCUUGCUCCCGACGCUACGACGUCAGCCUGGUGUCAAACAUCACGUGCAGUUGCAUGGUUACUUAGCCCAUAAUAAGUAGCGGACUCAAUAGGUUUAUUUUUGAAACAAGACUGAUUAUGCUACCCCCAUAGAUCUUCACCGUUCUCAUUGAAAUUUAACUAGAGAUCUGUCAAUGAAGGAGUCCUAUGCUGUUGAUAGACUGCUUAUUGUAAAUAAUCCUGUUCUGUAUUGUUACAUUCACACGACGUGUGCUAUUCCUUUACAAACUGAUUCUCUGAGAAGGGCAUCAUUUUGAUCGGACACAAAGGGAGGAGUUUAACGACUUCAGUGCACAACUCAGCACUCCUGUUUCUGCACUAAACCAAUGUAAGUUUAAUUUCUGUCAGUUUGUCAGGACACGACAGUAGAAUGGAAAGAUGCUGAUCUUUUAUGUAUUGUUUUUUUUUUUUUUUUAAUCCUGUUCUGUAUUGUUACAUUCACACGACAUGUGCUAUUCCUUUACAAAUUGAUUCUCUGAGAAGGUCAUCAUUUUGAUCGGACACAAAGGGAAAACGCAAGUCAAAGCACAUUGUAUGUAAAUUUAUAUUUGACAUUUUUCAUGUAAAAUAAAACACUUUCAAUUGUG